CCUGCAUACCAGACAUGCCACUGCUACUUGACUCGAGAAAUUUCAUUCCACCAUGGUGUACAUGCUGGGCCCGCCUGUUAUAGCCAUAAGCAACGUACUUCAUCGUGAACAUAUUCCUGUUAUCCUUUGGGGAGAACUCGCAAUGAAGCAAUAUAACAUCCCAACUGGGAUCAUUCUCUUCGACGUUCUGGUUCCAGAUGAUAUGCUCACUCGUGCAGCCUCAGCAUUCGAGGCUGAAGGUUGGAAAACCUCUACGGGACCUCUCCCUCGUGCGUUUGCUGGUUUUUGGCGGUCGGGAUGGGACGUGGUUGGAAAGGCAUGCCGCCGAUACCAUUUCCCACCCGCCAUCCUACCUGGUGAAGACAUCAUACUCCUUAUUCUUCCGACCUCUUUCGUUGGCCUUGGUCCAAACCCACUCCUAGACUCCGAGGAAUAUACACAGAUUGAAUCGUUCGGGCGUAACGAGUACCUGCCCAACGUGUAUCUACCCUCCAGUCAUCUCAUGGCAAAAACAAUUGCGCGUACUCAUAUCCGCCACGCCAUUAAAGGCAACAGUUUAUCCACACUGCUACGUGCGUAGGCCUCGUAUUUCUACCUCUAUUGCGACUUCCAUGCGGGGUCAUUGGACGACGCCGAACAAGACGUUCAAGAUUUCUGGCGUUCUAUAUCAAUGGCGAAAUGGCGGGUUAAGGAUCCAACAUUUUCCGAUAAUCAGUUGGAGCGCAACGAAGAGAGAUAUGGUUAACACUGUGGUUUCACUGCCCAAUGACUGCUGAUUUGCAUCAGUUCAGUAAUUGACUCAUGAAAACCGAUCCUAAAGAAGGGAUCGGAACGCCAACCUCGAUGCAUUUAGUCGAC